AGUUAGUAACCGUGAACCACAGCCACUUGGUCAAUUGCACAUUUUCCGGACUUCUAGAUACAAGGAAAGGCUUGAACGAUCGACCCCUUUCGAACAUCAUUGGUUGUGAAUGUUCAAUGUAUGCUGCAGUUAGAGGAAUAAGCUGUGUAAUUCUUGAUCCAAGAACUGUCGUGGCCGAGGGGAACACGGAUUUCUUCUUUAAGGUCAUUGAAGAAGAACAGGUGGAUAACUGUUCGAUCUAUCCGUACUUAUUCCACGAACUCAUGGACAUUCUUGAGACGAAAAGGUUUGAUUUGAGCAGUGUGAAGAAGGGAAUCGCGGGUGGCCAAGUUAUACCAAGGAAUGUUUUAGAAGUUGAUUGAGAAUAUGCCGGGAAUUGUCAACGCUUACGGCUCAACAGAAGCGGGCCCUGGACUUCUUCAGACCCGUUCGAGUGAUCCAAUUGACCUGCAGCUCGACUACUCUGGCUACCCACUCCCCCACACCGAAUUCAGGGUCCUCGAUCACGAAGGGAACAUUGUCCCGGUCAACACAGCUGGUAUGCUCUAUGUGAAGACGCCGUACAUGUUUGUUGGCUACUGGGAAGAUGAGGAGAGGACUCGUGCCGUAAAAGAUGCGGAAGGGUGGUACAGGACGGAUGACAUAGCAGUGAUGAACGAGCGUGGCUACAUUAACAUCCUGGGGAGGGAGACUGAGGGCAUCGUAAAGGGCAGCAUCAUCAUUUACCCUGUGGUUGUGGAGAAGUUCCUUUUAACUCAUCCGAAAAUCGAUAAGGUAAUAGUUGUUGGUGUCCCCGACAAGAGGAUGAUUGAGGAGAUUUGUGCCUGCAUCGUUCCCGUCCGGGGAAGUGACCUGACCGCGAAGGAGUUGGAGCAAUUCUGCAAUGAGAACCUACUGACGGAGGAAAGCGUAGAUGGGGGUGGAUUGCGCCUAAGAUACUUCCUCCUCUGGGAUACCUUCCCCCUUAAUGCAAGCCAAAAGAUAGAUAAGAAAGCAAUAAAGGAACUAGCAGCUCGUGAAUUAGGACUGAAACAGGAGUGGUGAUGUGGUCACAUUCAAAGGUUUAGUCCUUGAGCAUAACUGGCCUGGUUUGUCAUUGCAAUAAAUAUUCUGUGCGUUGAUUUUCCCGAAA